AUGACACCAGAUUCCUGCCCUGUUCGGCCUGAACCAACACUAUCCUUCACGCAAGGUCUAAUAGUCGGGCAGCUAUCGGUCGUUCUUUUGAUUGCAGCCUUCAUCAAGUUCUUUAUUUUCGGCGAUCCUCCCUCUCCAGAAGAGACGGCAAGCUUGCGCGCAAGCGAACGACGAUCCCGCACUCUCGCCCAUAAAAAGUCCCUGCUGAGCCUCAGGACAUCGAAUCAGCGCCCUGGCAGCCAGCAGCAGCAACAAUCGGUGCUCAAUAGGAAGAAAUCCAGCAUACUCCGAUCCGGACCGCCCUCCCUGACCAUCGGUUCAAUCCUCAACAAGACAUACUACAGAGUUGAAAGCCACCAGCCAGAGAGCUUGGACUGGUUCAACGUGCUAGUGGCGCAGACCAUUGCUCAGUUCCGCAGUGAUGCCCAGCACGACGAUGCUAUCCUAACCUCCCUGACAAAGGCCCUCAAUGGUACCAGCCGCCCUAGCUUCUUGGACGAGAUCCGCGUCACCGAGCUCAGCCUAGGCGAGGACUUUCCCAUAUUCAGCAACUGCCGUAUCAUCCCCGUAGACGAGGAUGGCCUUGACUUUGGGCCUGGGAAGGCUUUUGAUGCAAACAUGGCCACCCGCGACGGUGGCACCCUGCAGGCUCGUAUGGAUGUGGACCUGAGCGACAUGAUAACGCUCGCUCUGGAGACCAAGUUGCUUCUCAACUACCCCAAGAAUCUCACCGCUGUGCUGCCUGUUGCCCUCGCUGUUUCUGUGGUGCGCUUCAGCGGCACUCUCGCCAUAUCAUUUAUCCCAAGCAAUCCGAGCCAGUCUACACCAACCAAGAUGGUGUUCAACUUUCUCGACGAUUACCGCCUGGAUUUCUCCAUCCGUAGCCUCGUCGGCAGUCGCUCGCGCCUCCAGGACGUGCCGAAGAUCGCGCAGCUGGUCGAGUCGCGGCUUCACCGCUGGUUCGACGAGCGCUGCGUGGAGCCCAGAUUCCAGGAGAUCCCGCUGCCUAGCAUGUGGCCGCGCAAGAAGAACACCCGGGGUGGCGACGAUGCCAUUGCGGAUGUGGAGCGUUCCAUGAGCAAAGCCAAAGGCGCCGACGUUGCGCGGGAUCUGAGGAGGGAGGUUUUGGUUGAGGCGGAGGCCCGUCAGGCCGCGCAGAGGGAUUCCCUUCGAUACAGGAGACCGCGUGCCGACGAUGCUUUCCCUAUGCCGGGAUCGCUGGCUGUGGACGAUUGA